UCCACUUCCCCUUUAAGAGCAGCUGCAUUGCCUGGAGAAUAGAUGCGCGCGCGUCAUGUAUCAGUCUCUAUACUGCUCACUGAUGGAUCAUAUAGCGAUGCGAUGUGCUGGACUCGUCAACAAACCCCCGUCGAUGGAUCUGGAUUAACAGUACUGGCAUCAGAUGCAGUGACGCAUUUAACGGAGUGGUUUGCCGUGGCAUUGGCAUGGCCUAGUAAUGAACGGCGACGGGGCUCCCAGCAGCCCGGAACACUCCUCCUGCACGCUGCCCGAUUGGAAGGAGUUCUGUGAGCUGCACGCACGAGCUUCCGCAGCCGAUUUUGCCUACAAAUUCCGGCGAUUCAUUAGCGAGAACCCAUGCUACGACUCGCCUGGUGCUGACGCCAACUUUUCGCAACACUUUGCGCAACACUUCUUGACCUGCUUCUCUGCCGCCCUCGACCAGGUUCAAGGUCUUGGCUCUCCGGGUGACACCUCCGCUCCUAAGUACAGCAUCGUGCCCUUUGUGGGAAUACAGAGUUGCACGUUGCCCUUCAGCCACGACCUCUACCAGCGGCGCAAAGACGUGGGGGCCUCGAGCGAAUCACUGGAUAGCAUGGACAGCGGAGGGGGUGGAGCCAGUGGACAGGAACAGCAAACGCCCACCCGCAAGAUGGCAACCGUGAGCCAGUCCAGGAGUUCGGAAGACGUGUCGCUGGGGCGUCGCAAGGCACGCUUCAAGAAGGGCUUUUCCCUGCGCAACAUGAGUCUGAGUGUGGUGGACGGGGUGAAGGAGAUCUGGCACCGCAGGGCCUCUCCAGAACCAGACCCCUCGGGGAGCUCCAGGAGGACCAACGGAGCCGAGUCCAUGGGGUCCGAACACUGGAGCCAGAAGCUACGGCUACCGCGGGCCUCUCAGGGCCACAAGGCGGAACUGUUGGAGAUCCAGAGAGAGGGUGCACUCAGAUACAUGGUGGCCGAUGACACUAACUGUAUGGGGGCGGCACAGUGGCAGAAAUGCAGGUUACUGCUGAGGAAGACGGCCGGCACUUACAUGGACACUGGAGAGAAAUUCCAGCUUGAGUUCUACGUUCCACCAAAGUCAUCUAAACCAAAAGUGAGCGUCCCUCUGUCUGCUAUUGUGGAGGUGAGGACCACCAUGCCUCUAGAGAUGCCCGACAAAGAUAACACGUUUGUGCUCAAGGUAGAAAAUGGUGCUGAGUACAUUUUGGAAACCAUCGACUCGUUGCAGAAGAACUCGUGGGUCGCAGACAUCCAGGACUGUAUAGACCCUGGGGACAGUGGCGAUGACAUCGAGCUGGCGUCGUGUGCUCUCGUCCAGCCACCCAAAGACUUCACGCUGGUGUCCUCCUGCAGCUGCGAGCUGCUGUGUGACGGUUCUCAUCGGGGCUCUGAGCGGUUGUGCUCUAUAGCUGUGGAUCAGUUGACUGCUGGCCACUGCCAGGAGCUGCCCGUCACCCAGCACCCCUCACAUGUGCCGCUAGAGCGAUUCCUGCAGUCGCCAGAGGCCCAGAACACAGACACACCAUCAGGAAGUCCAGGUGAAACACCGAGGGAUGUGGAAGGAGAUGCCAGUUUGGCGGGAUACCCAUGGUUCCAUGGGACCCUGUCGCGGGUGCGGGCGGCCCAGCUCGUUCUCGCCGGCGGUGCACGCAGUCACGGAUUGUUUGUGAUCCGCCAGAGUGAGACGCGUCCUGGAGAAUACGUCCUCACCUUCAACUUCCAGGGCAAAGCCAAGCACCUGCGGUUGUCUGUGAAUGACAGCGGUCAGUGUCACGUGCAUCACCUGUGGUUCCAGACGGUGGCCGACAUGCUGCGGCACUUCCACGCGCACCCCAUCCCACUGGAGUCCGGCGGCUCCACCGACAUCACACUGCGCUCAUACGUACAGGUCCAGCGCUCGCCCACAGAUGCGGCAGCCCCUAAUGUCCCAGCUGCCCCGCGGGACACCGCUGUCUGUCGGGCAGAACCGCCCCAGUCGACGCAUCAGCUGUCCGGUGCUCCGUCAGACGCAGCACUGUCAUCCAGCUCGUCCUCGUCGCCGAUGGCCCAGCCGGCCGCAGGAGGCCUCCACAGCCGCAGCAACAGCGCCGAGAGGUUGCUGGAACCUGCCGCCGCCACAGAAGACUACCAUGACAGCGACGGCACGCGGCGGACUAGAGCUGUGGAGAACCAGUACUCCUUCUACUGAUGCUGAGAGUCCAGUGAAACACAUGUUUUUACUGCUCCAUCAAACACUCUCUUCCGUUAUUACCACAAACACAUCAGAAUGAGUUCUGAGUCAAUGCGUGUGAUUUACCAUGUUUAGAGCUGAUAAAUACAUCUCAUGUAUGUACACUGGCCGUCAGACGUUUGGGGUCAGUAAGACUUUUUAAUGUUUUUAGAAGGUCUCUUCUGCUCACCAGUGCUGCAUUUAAUUGAUCAAAAAUACAGUAAAAAUUGUGAAAUAUUAUUACAAUGUAAAAUAGCUGUUUUCUAUGUGAAUAUAUAUUAAAUUGUGAUUUAUUCCUGUAAUCAAAGCUGAAUUUUCAGCAUCAUUACUCCAGUCUUCAGUGUCACAUGAUCCUUCAGAAAUCAUUCUAAUAUGAUGAUUUGCUGCUCAAGAAACAUUUCUGAUUAUUAUCAAUGUUGAAAACAGUUGUGUAGAAUUUUUUUUCAGGAAUAUUUGAUGAAUAGAAAGUUCAAAAGAACAGCAUUUAUUAGAAAUAUAAAGCUUUUGUAACAUUAUAAAUGUCUUUACUGUCACUUUUGAUUAAUUUAAUGUGUCCUUGCUGAAUAAAAGUAUUAAUUUCUUUAAAAGGGACCUAUAAUGCCCCUUUCACAAGAUGUAAUAUACAGUCUCUGGUGUCUCCAGAAUGUGUCUGUGAAGUUUCAGCUCAAAAUACUCCACGGAUCAUUUAUUAUAGCUUGUCAAAUUUGCCCCUAUUUGGGUGUGAAUAAAAGCACGCCAUUUUUGUGUGUCCCUUUAAAUGCAAAUGAGCUGCUGCUCCCUGCCCCCUUUCCAGAAGAGGGCAGAGCUUUAACAGCUCAUGCUUCGGUUGCUCAACAACAACAAAGCUGGAGAAUCUCACGCAGCCAAAAUGAGGAUUGUCAGUAACGGUGUUCAGCCUUACAUUGUUCAAACUGGAGUCGGACACUGAAGACUGGAGUAAUGUUGCUGAAAAUUCAGCUUUGAUCACAGGAAUAAAUUACAUUUUAACAUAUAAUCACAUAGAAAGCUGUUUUUUAAUAAUAAUAUUUCAUUGUUUUUACUCUAUUUUUGAUCAAAUAAAUGCAGCCUUGGUGAGCAGAAGAAACUUAUUUUAAAAAACAUUAUACAAUCUUAAUUAUUCCAAAUGUUUGAUUAGUAGAGUAUAUUGGAUCCUCACUUUGCACCAACACACACUGGAAAUCCUUUUGCUGUCAUCGACACGCGUCAUUGGAAAUGAAGUAGGCCGAGCAGAGAAGCGAUCGUCUGAGAGCUGAUGUCUUUGAUCGUCACACACACAUCAAACUUAGUGUUUUCAUGUUGAGUCAGUCAUUGUGUGUUCUCACAGUGUUUCAGGAGGUUUGCACAUCUGGACAGAUGCUCAUGUUCUCCUCAUGGUCUUCAUUCAGUGAUGAUAAAUGUUUCCACGUCGCACAACAGACUGGGAUGUUUGUGGUUUUCUCUGAUCUGGACGACAUACAUCUUCAUCGUCAUCAUCAUCAGGAUUCAUGUGUUCUCUGUAGGAGAAGAAGACUCGUUCCCUGUCACCUGUAGAUAUUCUGCCAGCGUCUUUCAGCUCUUGUGCUGCUGGGAUGGCCUGUUUGAAGUCUCUAGAUGAUGUUUUGGAUAAUAGAGUUGAUUAACUAAUGGUUUCAGAUGCGUUCAUAAGCCAUCAGCAGUCUGUCAGUUCAUUUUUAUUCCUGUGGCUUUUGGCAGAUCUGCAGUGCUCCCAUGUGUCUAUUAGCAAUUCAUACUUUACUAAUCAUAUUUGAAUUAUGUUUGUCUGUUUCACCAUGCAUUAUUCUAAUAUUAGUCAUUUAGGACAUUGAUAGAUUUUGGGAUGUUCUUUUCUGUUGAUUUGUACAGUAUAGUUAAGUGUAAAAUAGGAUAUUUUUUAUCACUCGUCUAUCUGUGUUUUUCAAAUCGGAGCCAAAAAAAGUCCUUUUUAUAGGGUGUGAUGACUUGCACAUCACUAUACUUUUAUGUGAAACAUUUUUUUUCCGAUGUUUUUCUGCACGAAGGGCUUCUAAACAUCAUCUGAUCUUCAUCUACUUUAGAGAAUCUUAUUUAACAAACACACACGUCAGCAGCAUCUCUGAUAAAUUAUGAAAACCCUAACUAGUAUGAACUUGGUUUACAUCUCAAAACAAAACUGUGUUUCCUAAAUAAGACUCGUGUUCGACCGCUUCACUCUUGAGACAGAUGAGGAUCAGAUCAGAUUUCAGGAGACUCUCUCACAUCUCCACAGGAAGUGAGCCGUCUGACAGCAGUCAGACUUCAUUGGCUGUUUCCUGUCCUGAUGUGACGUCCGCCGUCGUGUUGAAUUCAUUCGUGUAUGAAGCUGCUGACAUUAUUCUCGCUGUCUGAACCUACGACAUUCUUCCCAUGAUCCAUAAAAUGAAUAAAAUCAACAGACCUUCACAAUA